AAAAGAACUGUGCAUGGCAUGUUUAAGAUGUUGGAUAAAAAUUACAUGUAAAAGAAACAAACAUUUGAUGGAGGGGAUUGUUUCUCCUAUCAGCGCAUUAGGAACAAUAAAAGCACUUCCAAGGCAAGAUGACAGCCGAACAUCAAAUGGAAACAUUCGAACUUUCUCUCCUUUGGGGAAAAAAGAUUCCCUAACACCUGAUGGACCAAAUCCAGCUCUUCCGAUUACACAAGAACCUUCAACAGCCGUAUCACGGGCAGGAUGGGUGCUGAGGACACUAAUAUUGUGCCAAAGUCCACACCUGAUCCGGGACAGGAAGUACCACAUACGCACAUUCCGAAAGUGCCUAGUGGGAUCUGAGAUGGUGGACUGGCUUAUGCAACAAGGUGCUGUCUACGUCAGAAUACACUCUCGAAGCCAAGCGGUCGGUAUGUGGCAAGCGCUAAUGGAGGAAGGCGUCAUUACGCAUGUAACAAACGAACAUCAGUUUAAAGACAAGUAUUUAUUCUACCGGUUCAGAGAAGACCAACAAGAAGGUGUGCCACCGCCGACGUUUGAAGACAAGCAACAAGCUGAAGCGGAACUACCAGAAACUUUGGGACUGUUACUUCAGCUGGCACCCGAUGCAAUUUUUCGAAUGAUUCUUCGUAAACCGUUGGGAGAUCGGUCAGCGGAAGAUCUGGAGAUCAUCUAUGAAGAACUCCUCCACAUCAAAGCUUUGUCUCACCUUUCGAACAGCGUAAAGAGGGAGUUGGCUGGAGUUCUAGUCUUUGAAUCCCAUCCAAAAUCCGGAACAGUCCUUUUUAACCAAGGUGAUGAAGGCAAAUCCUGGUUCAUCAUACUUCGGGGAUCAGUCAAUGUUGUGAUAUAUGGGAAGGGUAUUGUUUGCAGUCUUCACGAAGGAGAUGACUUUGGAAAACUAGCUUUAGUCAACGAUGCUCCUAGGGCAGCUACCAUCAUAACAAGGGAGAACAACUGCCACUUUCUGCGGGUGGAUAAAGAAGACUUCAAUAAUAUCAUUAGGGAUGUUGAAGCCAAUACAGUUAGAUUAAAGGAGCAUGGACAAGAUGUUUUAUUACUGCAAAAAAUUCCUACUGAUGGCAGGGCAGCUGAUGGUACACAUUCUCAUUACAAGUACAUGGUUAUGGCUGGUACACCUCAGAAGAUGUUGGAACAUCUCUUAGAAACCAGGAUAGAUCAAAGAAAUGAAGAUGCCUCAGAUACGUUCCUAGAAGAUUUUUUGCUAACUCACGUGAUAUUUAUGCCAAGCCACCAACUUUGUCCCGAGCUUAUGAGACAUUACAGGAUAGAUGCCGCUAAUUCUAGACAAGAAAAAGAAUUUAUUGUUGCCAACAAGAAACGUGUCUUACAAUUUGUACAGAUUUGGGCGAAUCUAAUCCGUGAUGCCUUUUUUGAAGAUGCCAGUAUUGCCGCCUUUUUGCAGGAGCUUCAAGAAGCUGUUGCAGAAGACUGUAAAAAAUAUGGGUUACAUGAAGAACUCUCUGCCAUAUCUAAAAUAAUAGAGAAAAAGCAAAAAUUCGACGAAGAGGUAAUUGGUGUUUGUCGAAGAUGGAAAGUCGGUGCUUAUGGUCAAAUUCGUCUUCUCUUAGCUAGUGAAUCUCAAGACGAAGAAAGAACAGAAUUCAAACGUUGCAUUAAAGCUUCCGAUGAAGUUGUGUUUAGAGUCUAUUGUGCGGAUCAUACGUAUACCACUAUCAAGACACCAGUCAGCGCCACCGCUGAAGCCAUCAAGAGAAGUACGGCCGAAAAAUUGGGCUUUAAAGAUGACCUUUUGCUUGUCGAAGUCAAGUCGACAUCAGAGCGUGUUAUCUUCAAAGACUCUGAAGUGAGCGUUCCGACCGGAUUGAGCGUUAAUGGUCGUAUUUUCCUGACCCCCGCUGAUCAAGUGGAUCUACUCACUCCUUUGCCAGAACAAGAUGGACCCACAGAUGGAACUGGAGUUAUUUUAGAAACUCUAAAUUCCUUAGAUAUAGCUUAUAACAUGACUAUAUAUGAGUGGGAUCUCUUCUCAUGUGUCCACGAGUAUGAACUUAUUUAUCAAGUAUUUGGACGUCACCAAUUUAGGAAAAUUAUGUCAAACCUAGAUGUAUUUCUGAGACGAUUUAAUGAAGUUCAGUUCUGGGUCGUCACUGAAAUGACAUUGGCAAAUACUCUAAGUAGAAGAGUAGCGCUACUUAGAAAAUUUAUUAAAAUUGCAGCACAUUGCCGUGAGUACCAAAAUAUGAACAGCUUCUUUGCCAUCGUGAUGGGUCUUAGUAACGUGGCCGUGAGUCGGAUGAGCCAGACAUGGGAGAAACUCCCGAGUAAACUCAAGCGCACAUUUGCCGAUUUUGAAGCUCUCAUCGACCCAUCAAGGAAUCACAGGCGAUACAGACUGACAGUAGCGAAGAUGGUCCCUCCCAUCAUCCCAUUCAUGCCCUUGCUCCUGAAGGAUAUGACCUUCUCGCACGAGGGCAACAAGACCUUCAUGGAGGGCCUUCUGAACUUCGAGAAAAUGCACAUGAUUGCACAAACGCUGCGGACAAUACGGCAUUGUAGGAGUCAACCGUUAGUACUUGAUCCACCACCAGGAAAUAAAUCUCAGCAAGAUGUCAGAAAUUAUAUCAGAAAUCUGAGGAUAAUCGACAAUCAGAAGCGAUUAACACAAUUGUCUGACACCUUGGAACCUAGACGACCAUAAGAUGACUUCUUGUUGGACUUGAAAAAACCCAAAGAACUACAGUCAUUUAAAGCAGCUGGAAGAUCUGCCCAAUAUAAUUCGAAUUUCAGCGUGUACUAAACACAUAUCAUGAACUGCAACAGUGACAUCCACCAAGAGAGAUAUUUAUUUGAAACAGACAGUAUAGGAUUACAUAACAAAAUGUGAACAUUAUAUUGCCGUGUUAAACUCAAUGUGAACUUUCCGUUGCCGGUUUUUGUAAGCAACUUAGCUUGCAGUGAGUGGAACUUAUUGAAGGAAUCUAUGCAAAAUAACUGAACGUUUUCUGUUUGAAGAUUGAAAUAACAGUUUACUCCCGGUUCUAUAAAUAGACUUUCGAUUCGAUAAAUUAGAAUUUUCUAUUCUAGGUAUUUCUUCUAGUCAAAAUAAAAGCUGCAUUAAUAUGAUGAUGAUGUCUCUCACUUUCUGAGACGGUGUUAUAAUGUGCAUUAAAUAACUGCACAUAAAAGUACAGAUUGAAAAAAAAAAUCAAUGGCAGCAGCUGUUGAUUAACAAUUAUGCAGUGUGUUAAUAUAGUAUGAAAUAUUAUUAGUGUAUUAAAGUCAAAUACAAACCACUAAAUCAUUUUGAAUCGGAGAGGAGGAAAUAUAAUAAUUGUUACAUAAAUCAGAAUGAUGUUUGCAUAUAUAAUAAACUACAAUAAAAUUAAUAUAAUUGAAGUAUUUAAUUUAUAAAUGAUUGUUAAUUUGCAUAUUAAACUGACUGAAAGGGAUACAGUUUAAACUAAUUAUAGAAAAGAAUACUUUAAACGUAAGUUACUUUAAACGCAUAUUACAGGCAGUGCCCAUUAAGUUUAAUUUUUGGCAACAUUAGAACAAAUUCAUUCUUUAAAAUUCAUGUAAGAAACGUAGAUUUCUUUCUGUAUAGCAUAUUCUUUCUUUGUAGCAUACUUAACCUAUGGGUAAAUAAGCCUCUUCGGAAACAAAUCAGUGAAUUAUAAAUAUGUCGGUACAGUACCAGAAUGCGUGAACAUGUUUAAGAGAAACAUGUUUUGUAUUGCUUCUGCGAUUACCAUUGCACAUAUUUAUGCGUUUUUAAUCAAACGGAUAAAAGCAAUGAGUUAAUACAUAUAUGGACAAAACACAUCGAGUCAUUGUCUUGUCUCUUUCAGGAAAUGUCGCGAUAUUUUAUACAUUUAUCGCACAUAAUUGAUGUUAGAGCCAGGUUCCAAUUUUUGAAGUAAAAUGAUGUAAACUAAGCAUUUUUCAGUGGGAAAUUUAUUAGAGACAAUUCUGCCUUGUAUGUGUUAUAAACUGAUUUUGACGACAAAGCCUUUAAUUGAUUUUGUUUUCCAUUUAAUAUCACAAAUCUUAUUAAAUGGAUGUUGCAUUUUACGCCAAUGACGAAUGUCUGUUUCCUUAAAUUUAGACCUAGUAGGCAUAAAUUUAGCCCUAACUAACAAAUGUUUUUUCUGUCUUGCAUUCUCAUGUAGGUAUGUUCAAUGAUUUUCAAAAGUUUGCUUUAAAAUUAAAUAUAUAUAUAAUAUAUAUAUAAUCUCUUGGUAAGUACAAUGAACAAAAUUAUAUAAAAUAGGUCUAAGGCUGAUUAUUUUCAGUUAAUGGAAAAACAACAACUAUUGAUAAAUGACUAAUAAAAGGACAGCUUCCACAAGCCAUACUUUUACAGAACGUUCUUCACAAAAGUGUCUUCUCUUUAAGGAAGAUAUAUGGCCACUCCGUGUGCUAAUUUUGCCUGACAAGAUGAAGUAGGGUGAAUUAGGGUGCGGCGUUUUGUCAGUUUCAUUGAUAUAUUUGACAAAUAUUUCUCAAUAAAAGAAUGCAAAAUGGUUUUUGAUGAAUUUUAUCGAAUACAAGAAUUUUUGGUAUGUAUUUCAUUCUUAUUUAUAACGAAUAAUGGCUUAUGUUCUAGAUUUUUAGCAUUCAUUGUUUUACAUUUCACCAUAAUCACAUUUAAAAAAAAUAUCUUUAUUUAUUGUGUCGCAGAAUGUUUAAUGUGUUUCUGUUGAACAAAAUUUGGUAUGGUGAAUAAUCUGAAUUUAGAGUAUAAUUUCCUUUUUAAUUAAUUGUAUAAAGGGGAAAAGAAAUGAGUUCGGCAAAAAGAUUGUAUUUUAUUACAUUGUUUCUAAAUUCAAGAAAGGAGAAAGUAAAAAUACAAAAAAUGGUAAUAGGAUUCGAAUUAAAAAUACAGGUACUUGAAGACCUUUUUUUAUUUUAAUAGGAAGUAAUUAAGAACAUGGGAAAAUCGAAAUAUAUAAAAUUUCGCCUGAAGAUUAAGAGGGUUCACCAUCUAUCAUUAAUGAUAAUUUUCAACAGAGAAGAGAUAUACAGAAUGACAAUGUGUUAAUGAUAACUAAAUGGGUUUAAUUUUAUAGAAUACCUUAAUAAUUGCAGGACAAAUAUGAAUCAAAACAGAAAUAGUGUGGUGAAUGCAGUAUAUUUAUGCUGGCUGGUUAUAUAUUUAAAUGUAAAUGGAAUAGGAAUGACAAAUGGUAUGAGUAAAUAACUUACCAUUUGUCAUUCCUUUAUAAGAUGCGAAUCAUAUAAAUGCCCGGUUUGAAUGGAUUAAUAUAUUAAACUUUAAUACAAACUUCCGUUUUAUGGUAUAUUGAUUCGGGAGUAUUUUAUACCGAAUUAUUUAGCACAUUGUUUAAAUAUAUUUAGCAUAACACAUUUAAUGUGUCUAUUGAAUUAGAAAUUAUUGAAUUUGUCAAACUAUAUUUUUAAAUAAUUCAGUUAUACAUUAGUAGUGUUUUAAUACACUAAACAACUAAUGGAAUCGUAUUUUAGCAAUAGUCUGUACUAUCACGAAAAUGUUUUAGUUUUUAAUUACCACGUUUGACAUUAUUACAUUUAGCUCUUACAAUCCAUUCACCACUUUUGUACAUUUAUCUAUUAAAAUGUAAAACAUCUGGGCAUUUUAUGUCAAAUAUUGAGCAAUUUUUUGUUUUAAAAGCAGGAAAGGUGAAAGGUACUGAUUCGUAAUCAGUUUAUUUUAAAUUUUAAUUAUACAAAGUAAAUACAUAUAUACAUUUAAUUUUAAAUGAGUAAUCUCAUAAAAUUAAUAUUAACUGUUUUGAAAAUUUUGUGUUUAUGUGAUUGUAAACAGGUAGUUGUUUCUGUGAGAGCAUAAGCAAAACUUUAUUUUUUUCAAUAAGAAUUCAUAAUUUCACUUUAACAAAUGAAAAUGAAAACAACAUAAAAUUGUUGAAUGUAAUUUUUUAUUGUGUUAUAUUGUUCGUUAAGUGACAAAUGCAGAAGUUACUGUCAUGAUUAAGCCCAAAGCAUAGUAUUUCCUAUGCGCUAUAUGACAGGCGUUUUAAAAGACUUGUACAUAGAAGCGUAUGCUAGAAUCGGGAGUAACUGUAAAUCUGCUGUUAGUAUUUAUUUUCACUUCAGAGACAUUCUCUGAGUGCUAUAGUUAUAAAGUUCAUAAAUAUAUUUUUAUUAAUUUCAUGUAUGUUUCGAACUAAUGUGGUAUAUCUCUCUGAACUGUGUCAUAUAUUUUGUUUAAUGAAACGAACAAAUUUCACUGUUCCGAAUUUUAUUUCUGCUUUUCUAGUCUUGCAUCAACAAUGAAGUGCAUUCGAUAAAUAGAGAAUUUGAUGAAAAGGAACAGGAUUGCUCUUCCAAUUGUGAUUUAUUUGUCACUCAGUAUUUGUUUUAUUCUGAAGGGUGAUUUAUCAGCGAAGGGACUCUUUAUCUGCACAGUUUAGUUGAAUUGCUCUUGUAUAUGUAUAUAUUGUGGCCUGUUUUUAUAUGUUAUUCAUUAAAAUGCUAAUUAAAUUUAUAUAGGAAA